AUGGAUUGUAAUAUCAUUGUACAAAUGGGCUUUUUCAUCAAUGAUCUCCACCGUCAUAUUGAACGUUUACAUAAGGAACAAUCUGCUAGUCAGUCUUCCAGUCAAAUCUUUACAGUAUAUCGCGGCCAGGGAUUAUCAAAAUUGGAUUUCGAUCAAAUGGUAAGGGUUAAAGGUGGAUUGAUGUCAUUCAAUAGCUUUUUAUCGACGAGUGAAACACGAGAUAUUCCUCUUAUUCGUGCUGAAAGCAACGCAAGUAAUCUUGAUUUAGUAGGAGUGCUUUUCACUAUACAAAUUCAUUCUACCUCAUCAUCAACCUGUUUUGCACUCAUUCGUAAUUGUAGCUUCUUUGAAGAUGAAGAUGAAGUCCUGUUCUCUAUGCACAGUGUAUUUCGAAUCCGCGACAUUAAACAAAUAGGCACGAAUAAUAACCUUUAUGAAGUGAGUUUGGUGCUGACUAAUGAUAAUGACAAAGAAUUGAGUAUGCUUACUGACUUCAUACGAAAAGAGAGUUUCCCAAAUUUAUCUGGAUGGCACAGAUUGAGUUUACUCCUGAUAAAACUGAAUCAAAACGAAAAGGCCCAAGAGAUUACCGAAGUCUUAUUGUAUGAGUCACCUGGUAACAUGGAGAAGGCACAACUCUAUGGUCAUAUGAGCUGGAUCAAAGCUAAUCAAGGAAAAUACGAGCAAGCAUUAGAAUUUGGUCUGAAGUCAUUCUCUAUAGAGCAAAAAGCUCGUCCACGGAAUCAUCUUGAUUUGGCUUCAUCCUACAAUAACAUGGGCAUCAUAUACGUUCACAUCGGCGACUAUUCACAAGCAAUAUCAUUUUAUGAACAAACUCUUGCCAUUCAUCAAAAUUUACUACCUUCGAAUCAUCUUCAAUUGGCUGCAUCUUACAACAAUGUUGGUUGGGUACACGAUCGUACAGGUAACUAUUCAAAAGCACUCUUAUCCUACAAACAAGCCCUUGUAAUAAAAGAGCAAUCACUCCCGCACAAUCAUCCUGAAUUAGGUGCAUCGUACAGCAAUCUUGGUGGCGCAUACAAUCACAUGGGCAAAUAUCGGGAAGCACUUACAUCAUAUGAGAAAGCCUUGGAAAUCCAACGUCAGUCACUUCCACGCAAUCAUCCUGAAUUGGCCAUAUCAUACAAUGAUAUCGGUAGUGUAUACUACAAUAUGGGUAACUAUUCAAAAUCACUAUCAUUAUUUGAAGAAGCCCUUACAAUUCAACUCCAAUCACUUUCACAUGAUCAUCCUCUUCUAGCCAUACAAUACAGCAACAUAGGUAGCAUAUAUAGCCACAUGAGGAACUAUACGAAAGCGCUCACAUAUUAUGAAAGAGCUCUGUCAAUCCAACAAUCAUCACUUCCACAUAAUUACCAUCAGCUAGCUGUUUACUUCAACAACAUUGGCAGCGUGUAUGAUAACAUGGGCAACUUUCCAAAAGCGCUCUCAUACUACGAGAAUGCCCUUGCAACUCAGCUGCAGCUAUUUCCACACCAUCGCCCUCAUUUGGCAAUGUUUCACAGCAACAUUGGUAGUGUAUAUGAUAGCAUGGGUGACUAUCCAAAAGCACUGUCAUUUUAUGAAAAAACUGUUGAAAUUCAGCAGGCAUCACUUCCACAAACUCAUCCUGAUUUAGAAAAAUCUUAUAACAAAAUCGCUGACAUUCAUAUCAAGAUGGAAUGCUAUUCAAAAGCAUUAGAAUCUUACAAACGGGUUGUUGAAAUUCGGGAACAAACACAGCCACGGAGUAAUUCUGACUUAGCUGCAUNUCAGGAUAAAAUUGUCUCACCAGCGGGAAACAGCUUCUGA